UGCCAUGGAGACGCGGCCUAGCGCGGAGGCGCCUCGGCCGCCCGCCUCCUCGCGUGAAGCCCCGUCCGAGUCGGCCUUGGUCUUCGCGGGCUCCAGCGAGCAGGACGUGGCCCUGGCCAAGACCUUCUGGGAUUCGGUGACCCUCCAGCCCCACCUCGAGUCCUGCCUGGCGCCCCGGCGGGGAUCCCUCCACAGCGACGCCGGGCCGGCACCCGGGUCCGGCACCGGGUCCAGGAGGCCCUCAAACGGCGGCAAACAUGACAAUUCUGCCCGGCCCUCCAUCAGCAGAAGAGAUGAAGAGAGAAAACUGGGAGCAAUCCAAGCUGAGAAGAACGCCAUGAAAGAGCAGUACCUGAAGAAGGCAAAGAAGAGGGAGGAGAUUAUUGCCUUGCUGAGAAAGCAACGGGAAGAAAGGUUGACGAAGGAGGCUCAUCUGAACAGGCCGACCAAAAUGCAGGAAAGGUAACAGAAC